AUGCACAAAGUCAUGGAGUUUAUAAUCUUGUUCCUCCUCCUUUCACUCCUUGUUUAUCGUCUCCUCUCUUUUAGCAACCAUGGUUUUGCUUGGCUCGUUGCAUUCCUAUGUGAGCUCUGGUUUACACUCUACUGGGUAAUCACCAUCAGCAACAAAUGGAGUUUUGUGGAAUAUAAAACAUACCCCGACCGUCUCUUACAACGGGUGGCUGAGCAUGAGCUUCCCCCAGUGGACAUGUUUGUGACCACAGCAGACUCAGAGCUGGAACCACCUAUCAUUACCAUAAACACUGUGCUUUCUCUGUUGGCUGUGGAUUACCCAACAGACAAACUAGCUUGCUAUGUGUCGGAUGAUGGUUGUUCCCCUCUCACCUUCUACUCGCUUGUGGAAGCAUCAAAGUUUGCCAAGCUUUGGGUUCCAUUUUGCAAAAAGUACAAUGUUCAAGUUAGAGCUCCUUUCAGAUACUUCAAUAAUGCUGCCAUACCUUCCGGUAAGAACUCAGGGGAAUUCAAGCAAGAAUGGAAAACGAUGAAGGAUGAAUAUCUGCAGCUUAACCGCAAAAUUGAGGAUGCUGUUGGCAAAUCUAUUCCAUUUGAUCUUAGCGAAGAUUUUUCACUUUUCUCAAAUAUAGAACGCAAUAAUCAUCCAACAAUAAUUAAGGUGGUGCUGGACAAGGAGGAAGGUCUUUCAAAUGGACUGCCCCAUUUGGUUUAUAUAUCCAGAGAAAAGCGGCCAAAGCAUCCACAUCAUUCCAAAGCCGGGGCCAUGAAUGUUUUGACCAGAGUGUCUGGGUUAAUGACAAAUGCCCCCUUCAUGCUGAACGUCGACUGUGACAUGUUUGCAAACAACCCAAGCGUUGUUCUUCAUGCAAUGUGCAUACUGCUUGGAUCCAAUGAGAACCAAAAUGAAAUUGCAUUUGCUCAAUUUCCACAAAUCUUCUAUGACGGGCUCAAGGACGACCCUUUUGGAAAUCAGAUGGCUGUCAUUUGGAAGUACAUGGGGCAUGGGAUUCAAGGAAUCCAAGGAAUAUUUUAUGCUGGAACAGGAUGUUUUCACAGAAGACAAGUCAUCUAUGGUCUGUCCCCUAAUAAUGGAAAAUUAGGCAACCAAGAAUUACUUAAAACCUUUGGAAAUUCAAAGGAACUCACCAAAUCAGCUGCUGAUGCUUUGAGAGGGGAGACAAAAUGUCCAAGCAUGCUUUUGAAAUCUAUUGAGGCUGCUGCAUACCAAGUUGCAAGUUGUGAAUACGAAUAUGGCACCAAUUGGGGUAGAAAGUGCUUGGCCUACCUCUGGAUCUUUACGUGGGGCCUACGGUCACUUCCUGAGACAUGCUAUGCUGCUCUACCAGCUUAUAGCAUCAUCACCAACACACAUAUCUUCCCCAAGGGCCAAGAACUGGCUUACUAUAUACCAAUAACUCUAUUUGUCACGACCAAUAUGUACAAUAUAUCACAGUAUAUUCAAAGCGGUCUAUCAAUCCGAGCAUGGUGGAACAACCAAAAAAUGGGAAGAAUAACCACAAUGAGUGCUUGGUUAUUUGGAGUUUUUGGUAUCGUCCUCAAACUCUCAGGCAUAUCAGAGACAGUGUUUGAAGUAACGAAAAAGGACCAAUCUUCUUCAACUGAGAAAGGCACUGAAGAAGAAGAAGAAGAAGCAGGCAGAUUCACCUUUGACAAGUCCCCAAUGUUUGUGCCUCCCACUGCCGUUUUGCUGCUGCACUUAACCGCAUUGGCUUCUGCUCUGUUUGGGCUGCGGCCACCAGCUCAUGAUGGGGUCGGGUCAGGCCGAUUAGAGGUUGCAGGCAGUGUGUGCUUGGUGCUCUGCCUCUGGCCAUUUUUGAAAGGGUUGUUUGGUUCUGGGAAAUAUGGAAUUCCCUUGUCCACCAUUUUUAAGUCUGCUGGGCUCACACUCAUGUUCUGCACCUUGUGCAGAAGUUAA